CUCCUCCAUGGCCAACGGCCCACUACAGGCACGCCUUGCCCUGGCUGCCGACAAAGCCGGAUCCUGACCGGCGAACAAGCGAGGAUUCCAAACCGUCACGCCAUGCAAUUUUUCGGACCUUUUCGCGCGCUACGCCACGAGCUCCUUCUCACUCAAAGCAGGGGUUUUGUUGUCUUUGAACCUGGGAAUAGCAAGCGCCAAGGUUCCAUCAGCUACUUCGUAAUAUCUUCUGCUGCGGGAAAUGGAUCAUCUACGGAAUACUACGUAAGCAAGAACCUGGAAAUCCUGGAUUACUACUCAUUGAGGGACGGCUCGCCGGGUGUAGGAUCGCCAGUCCUUUCAUUUUCGCAGGCCUGCAAUAUUUGA